UCCAGUGGGGACCUGGGCCGGCCUCGGGACAUCACUGGCUCCAAGGCCAGGGUUGCAGAGGUUUCUACACAACCUCAUGCAGAGCACCUUAGAGGAGACUCAGCUGACGAAAGGCCACCUAGUCCUGAGGAACCCCCCAGCACCAAGUUCCCUCCGUCCCCCUCGCCCCUGUCGACUGCACCAGUGCUCCAGGUUGACAGGCCUCAGAGAGCUGAUCCAUUUAAUGAGGACGAGACUGUGGUUAGACAUCGUAACUUCGAAGAGAGGAUGCUGGGAUUGGAGGUUUCUGGCGGUGCCGAAGCCACAGGUGCCAAAUGAAGAUGGAGGAAGCGUAAAUUGUUGCACCUCACCAAGCUAUGAAGGGGACCAACAACCCAAGCUGGAAGGAUCUGUUUGCAGUGAAACAUUUGCAAGCAGGAGAGUUGAUACUUUCAGUGAUUCUAAGGUGCCAAAAGGCAUGUCACAGAUGUGGGAAUAUGGCAUGCCUCUGCCGACAUCCCCUCACACUAGGCCUAAAAACAACACUCAAAAUGUUUCCAGCAACAAUUGCAAUCGUCCACACCUCCAUUCUCCUGAUCCAUCAGAUGGCAAGUUUAAACUGAAUGCAGCAAGCUCCUCAGAAACCCAUCCCUUCAAAACUCAACAAAGCUUACCACAAGCUACAUGUAGUUCAAGUCCUUCCAAUAAGAUCUCUGACAGCACCCCUCGCAGGGCUGACCGCAAAUCUGUCUCUUUCCUCAUUUCACCAACUGCCCAAGAAACUCAUGAUUUGCCACACGGUGCCAAACCGCCGAUGACCCCAUCACCAGUGCCCAAGUCGGCGCUUAAACAGUCCCUUAAUCAAGUUUCCAGGCCUAGUCAUCAACCCCCACAUGUGUGUGCUAUGGUAAUGAACUCACCACCUGAACCCAAAGGUUCCCCAACCCACCCCACAGGAAGACACCCGCAUGCCAAGGAACGAGUCAGGGUACAGUUUAGUGAUGAUGAGAACGAUCAAGAUAGCAACCAAGACUUGAAUGCAAAGUAUGCUGAUGAAAGCCAAGCCUACACGGCUUACACCUCAAGGGGCCAUUUCACACCACAUCCAGACAGCGGCCAUAUGGACCAUCCACCCGCAGUAAGAUCCAGCUAUCGCGACCAACUGAGCAGGCAUCCUGCAGAGAGCAUCGAGGAUACAGAAGACGCUCAGCCGCUGGCAAGAGAAGAUAGCCGGGUGGACCUUAAUCAGUUCUUAGACGACUUCCUGUCUCUAGUGGACAGAUACUGGAAUGGCACCAAGUCACUCCACAGACACGGCAAAUUCCAAAGCCAAGCGCAUUCAAUGCUCGCCACGCUGGUCAACAGAAUUCUAGGCAGUGUACCUCAACAGAGACCAGACAUUCCUAAAGAUUCCUCUGCAGACACCAACAAGCUGAGACAGGCCCUGCGAGCUGCCCAAGAUCAAAUGGCCAAUCUGAAAGAUGAACUAGAGGCAGCACUUGCAGACAAAAGGAAACUCCAGGCCAACCUGGAUGCAGUUCAGCAUGAGACACCAUCAAGUGACAGGCCAGGUGAUAGGCCAGCAGAUAGUAGCAGGCAAACUGACAGAAUUGCUCGUUCAGGUCUUUUGGAAAAAGAAGUUGAGAAGCUGCAUCUUGAGAAUGAAAGUUUGAAGCUUCAUGUCAGGCACUUCAACCAGCUGCAGGAACUUGCUACUAUGCUGCAGGAGAGCCACAAGUCCCUGGUUACUACCAACGACCAUCUUCUCCAGGAAUUAGACGAGGCCAAACAGCGCCACCUGGAGGAAGUUAAGCAGCUGCAUUGGUCGUACAGUGAGCUGAAGCGAACCCUGGAGCUGGCUCCUGGCAUGCCACAGGGAGGGCCCAGGACCACAAACCAGCACCAUGCCAAUGGAGUGCUUUCAUAAACUCCUUCAAGGUCACCAGGAGGAUUGUGGCAUCGGUACUCGUCCAGUACCCAUGCCUUUCUCAUGUUUCUUUGGUCCCAAUAUUGUGCGUCGUCAGUGGUGUUUGGAAUAUGCCCCUGGUUAAAAUGUCUAUCCGUUAAGGAAGUGCUGAAUAUCUGACUCUACAUACUUUAGUGUAAGCAGACUGUAAUGGGAGUGUGCCGUACAAACCUAGUGUAGACUGUUGAUCAAAAGAGGUCCACACAGUGCAGCUUGUGUAUACCUUGUUUGGACCAAGCCAGGUCCACACAAUGCAGUUUGUGUAUACCAUGUGUGGACGGAGCCAGGUCCACACAGUGCAGCUUGUGUAUACCUUGUGUUGACCGAGCCAGGUCCACACAGUGCAGCUUGUGUAUACCUUGUGUUGACCAAGCCAGGUCCACACAAUGCAGCUUGUGUAUACCUUGUGUGGACCAAGCCAGGUCCACACUGUGCAGCUUGUGUAUACCUUGUUUGGACCAAUCUAGGUCCACAUAGUGCAACUUGUGUAUACCUUGUUUGGACCAAUCUAGGUCCACAUAGAGCAGCUUGUGUAUACCUUGUUUGGACCAAUCUAGGUCCACACAGUGCAGCUUGUGUAUACCUUGUGUGGACCAAGCCAGGUCCACACAGUGCAGCUUGUGUAUACCUUGUUUGGACUGAGCCAGGUCCACACAGUGCAGCUUGUGUAUACCUUGUUUGGACCAAUCUAGGUCCACACAGUGCAACUUGUGCAUACCUUGUUUGGACCGAGCCAGGUCCACACAGUGCAGCUUGUGUAUACCUUGUUUGGACUGAGCCAGGUCCACACAGUGCAGCUUGUUUAUACCUUGUUUGGACCAAUCUAGGUCCACACAGUGCAACUUGUGCAUACCUUGUUUGGACCGAGCCAGAUCCACACAAAGUUUCCCCUUUCCUGGAAAGAGUUUUUAGAGACUUGGGGUUUCGAUAUCGAAAGGAAGAGGAACGAUCAAGGAAACCAUAAAAAAUCCACCUCAAAAGAGUGCUCACACUGCUUAAAAAAAAGAGAAGAUGUAUUUUUCUACAAGUUUAUUUACUACACAAACAAAGGAAUGUCCCCAUAAAUUACAAGCUAGUUCUGGUGCCAAUAAUUAGUUUGACCACUAGUCAAGUGCUUUUUAACAAUGCACACGUGUAAUUCAGUCACAUGUGGGCAGCUGCAGUUGAAUUUUUUUGUGAAAAUAGCAUUGUCCCUCACAUUUUACCCUCGGCUGAGCUGCAGCUCUUGCGAUUUGUCAGGUUCAUACAAUUAUUUUCAUGUGAGUAGCUCCGUUCAGCAGAGAAAUGAAAUCAUCCCCCCAGGGCCUGCUUUCAAACGGUCAAUUCAACACCCAUAAUGGUUCUAGCUGGUUAACUAACAUUUUUUUGUCUGUUGUAACACCAACUGUCCGUUUGUAUAACAUGAGCCUUGUAAAUAUAAAUAAGUGUGUGCUCUCUAUCACUGUACUUAAUAGUAGCUGAACACAAAAAAGUGUAUGUGAAGCCAUUUGCUGCCAUAUUUAUUAACCAAAAUGUACGGUCAGGCGCAGACAUUGUAAUGCCAGUUACAUCACCUGUUUAAAAUCACUGAAGUAUUUUAUGGAAAGAGUUGAAGAGUGUACAUGUUCGUGAUAUCCCAUGAUACUUAUUGGUCUACUCUACUUGUACAUAUGUUUAUAGUACAUUUACUUCUUGAAAAGCACAUUCAAACUGCCGUUUAAUUGCAUAUUUGGAGAGAGAAAUUUUUGUUGCAUCAAAUAUUUGGCAAAAUGUACCAGGGCAUGACAUGGUGUUCCUGCAAAUCAGUCCUUUUUUUCACAUGAACCAUUUUUCCAUUUACAGGUACUAGUUUUUGGACUUAGAUGAACUCAUGCAAGGAUAUGUUUUACAGUAUUCUGUCUGCCUUUAUAGUACAAUAGAAAAUGUGCUGGUGUAGCAUCUAGGCAGUGGGCACCCCUGCUUGCUUUAAUGAAUAAAUUGAGCACCGUACUAUUUUUUGCGAAAUUUUUUGGAAAAAUUCUAAAUCUCACGUAAAGCUUAUUCGCAAGAUUUGCCACCAAAUGGCUUAGUGGAACAAAGAUAGCCUCCAUAAUGUACAGUGGGAGCAUUUGACCUGAAUAGCAAUUAUGCCUUGUGAUCAAAGUAAGAGCAAUUAAUCUGAGGCGAAUGCAUUGCUUUAAGAGCAACUGGCAUUUCUGCUUAAUGCUGUUGCAUGGUUGAUUUGUUUUGUAUUCACAUUUGCUGUUUGAAAUGUUAAUUAAAAUGAAGUGAUGCGGUAUUGUUAUUGUUAACUGUUUAAUUUCGACAGCAUAACCUUAUCAGUAUGAUAUCAGUUGUCUGCUUUUCUUAAGGUCCCUGAUAUAAACCAUAACAAAAGGAAUUUCUGUAUACAUGUAGAUUUAAGCGAAAUAAACAAGUUUAAACAAUAAAUGAAUAAAAUUGACUAAAUAAGAAAAUAUUGAUUUUUAAAAAUAAAUCAGUUUAAUAAAGAGGUAAAUAACAGAUAUAACAAGACGAACUUAUUGACAUUUCGAGGGAAAACAAGAAAAUGAAGUGGACAAAAAUACUUGGAAAAUGGAAUGCAGUUGAAUGGAAAAUAAUGAUACAACCAGAAAGUAGAAUACCAUGUAUGAAAAAAUCAAUGAAAUAGAAGCAUGGAACAAAAUAAUUCAACAAAUCAGAAAAAUAAACACAAAUCAAAAUAUUAAAUCAUGCAAACAGUGACACCCAAAAGGUUAGCGUAAAUACAUAGAAUAACAACACUGUACAAUUUACAAGUGAGCCCCAUCCACCAAUAAAAUCCAUAAGAAAACCCAAUAAAAAUGAUAACUAUUAACAGUGGAAAAUAUUGUAUGAAGAAUGUAUGUGUAACGAACAGUGCUUGCCCAAUACAAAGCGUGUGUUUUGAAGGGCCGAUACAUCUACAUUGGAGGCGUCCCUUUUAACAAUUGGGCCAUCUUUUUUGUCUUGUGUCGAGCUAAGUUAUCUGUGACUGCUAAUAUUUUUUUUAUGAAAAGACAUUUUUAGGACCUUUGUUCUAACAAGUUUACAGUCGCGGAUUUGAAAACUUGUAAAUAAAUUUGCAUAAAUGUUUUGCAAUGCAGAUUA